GACUCAGAGUCACGGUGAACAUAACGCCAGAAUCAAAACAAACACGAAAGGUGGAAUUCCGCUCAUUUCUUCAAGUUUUGCGUCUCCUGAGCUCUAGAAUACCUUUCUGCCGACCUGUACACCGAUAAUAUCGCUGAAAUAAAGCGAAGACUGCCGUAGUUAAGAAUCAUCGCCAAAGCAGCCAUGGCAGUCGAUGAAGAGAUGGAGAUGCAAGGGUCCAAGGAAGACACAGACGCAAUGGAGGAUAACAUGGGGCUCUCCUGCACUCUCGACAUGUUCCGUGAGCAUGACCAAGUGCAGCAGCUGAUCAACUCUAUUGACAAGGCAAUAGCAACACAGUUCACGGCAGAAAAGGCCUUUGAGGAGAUGAAGACCAUCUUAGAUCUAUACCAGGAACAACCUCACCUUCUGGACCCCCACUUGGAAGGGAUUCUGGGUCAACUGAUUAACAUCAUCCGAAGCCGUUCACAAGAUCAAGAGGUCCUGAGCCAGGCCUUCAAGUACCUGUGGCUUGUCACCAAAGUCAGGGGUUACAAAACAAUCAUUAAGAAGUUACCACAUGUCCAGGUGAAAGACUUGCUCCCGGUGCUGCAGCUGUUAGAGACCCCCGAGGGAAGCUCUGAUUUCUACACAAGCUAUGUCCUUCUGCUGUGGCUCUCCAUCAUAGUUUAUAUGCCCUUUAACAUGAUGGGGUUCGAUGCCACAACCAUGGAAACGAACCAGCACGCCAGCAAAACGGUCGUGGAAAGGAUCUUGUUAGUAAUCAAGACACAUUUGAAGUCCGCUCAAAAGUCACGGGAAAUGGCUGCCUAUUUAGCAUCACGUUUUAUAACCAGACCAGACUUGAGGGACAAAUACCUGCCUGAAUUUAUUACUUAUUGUUUUGAGGUGCUGGACAUUGAUGCCGAAUCUGAGUUGCAUUCAGUCUUUCACAAGCUGGGGGUGUUACGGGCUCUUGGGUUAAUCUUUAAGCAUGGAAAGAGAGAGGAGAUGCUACCGUACUCUAAGGAUGUAUUGCUGCGUCUUAUAGCCACAAAGGAAAUAAGCAGCAGCGACACCCCUGUAAGGAAGUUGUCGAUUAAGCUCAUUCAGCGCAUUGGCCUGACUUUCCUGAAGCCAAAGAUUGCGUCUUGGAGAUACCAGCGGGGGAGCAGAAGCCUCUCCAUCAACAUCAAAGGUGUCUCUACGGAGGAUGGCAAUUAUAGAUAGCUUAUUGCAGGGGCUCAAGGAUAAAGACACUAUUGUAAGGUGGUCCGCAGCAAAGGGCAUAGGACGUGUGACGGGCCGUUUGCCGCAGGAGUUCGGCGACGAGGUAGUGGGGGCCAUCCUGGAGCUCUUUUCAACGCGAGAGUCGGACAAAGCCUGGCAUGGGGGCUGCUUGGCUCUGGCUGAAUUAGCUCGGAGAGGUCUGCUGCUUCCAGAGAGACUUUCAGCCGUUGCACCUGUUCUUGAGAAAGCUCUUGUCUAUGAUGAGCUCAGAGGACAGUAUUCAGUCGGAUCAAAUAUCAGAGAUGCAGCGUGUUACCUGUGUUGGGCCUUUGCUAGAGCCUAUCACCCUGACCAGAUGACUCCUUACGUCAAUAAGCUUGCUGUUGGCCUCCUCAUUGUUGCCUUGUUUGACAGAGAGAUUCCAUGCAGGCGAGCAGGAUCAGCAGCCUUCCAAGAGCACGUAGGCCGGCAAGGCACCUUCCCCCACGGCAUUGAGAUCCUCACCACUGUUGACUACUUUGCAGUUGGCAACAGGACGAACGCCUUCCUCAACCUCAGCGUCGAGGUUGGCCAAUAUCCCAGUACACACAAGCAGAUCUCAUUGAAUCAGUUGAUUGGAGAAAAAGUUCAAUCAAUUUGGAUUCUAAUCAUGGAAUUUCUGCAUCAAGUUAUGUUUUUGCGUUUGCAGCUUUCGAUACCUUCACAUCAUUACUCUUGUACAAUCAUUGAUAUAAUCAUUGUGAUCUUUAGCACCUGCAUAUUUCACGCAUUUAAAUUCUUUAAAUUUCAUUCCUUUAAGGCCCUCCAUAACCUGACUGCCCUCGACCCUGAGUACAUGAGUAAGACCAUCCUGCCACAGCUCCUGACCCAGACCACAGGCAACAUCCUUGUGACCCGACAUGGAGCAAUCCUUGCUGUGGCCCAAAUUGUUCAUGGUCUCUCACUUGCGGCUAAAAAGGAAGGGAAGCUCGUUCAGGAUGUAAUUGGAAAUGAUGUUCUAAGUGGGAUCCGCAACAUCGUACCUACGCUGGACGACAGAAAGCUAUACCGAGGCAUGGGGGGAGAGUACAUGAGACAGGCAACUGCAGUACUCAUUGAGAAGUGUUCCCUUUCUGCCUUUCCCUUCCACGGCGAGGAAAUUUUGCAGAAGUGGCACCUCUUGCUAGAAGAUUGCAUUGUCUACGUAGAUGAGAACAUCCGCACAGCCGCCCUGGAAGCACUGCCUUCCUUCUGGUCAGAGUACUUUAGACCCACAACAGAGGAGAGUAGCAAGUGGAGGGACACACUCAUAGCUAGAUAUACAAGCGGACUGAUCACCGAGAAAGAGACUCAAAGUUUGGGCUUUGCAUCUGCCCUUGGUUGUCUCCCACACCCAAUGAUCACAGGAAAGUUUGAUGUAGUAUUGUCAGCUCUCAUUGGAGCAACAGAAAUAACACCAAACACAGCAUCUUGGGCACGGACGAGAAAGGAGGCCAUCUGUUCAGUGCUACGUCUGGUAGAUACAGUGGGAAUCAAGACAGAUGGAAAAGCAUGUGAUUUGGUCUGCAAAGCAAACCUUAUGCAAAUCUAUCAGGCAUUGGUGAAGAGUUUAGAUGAUUACACAAUGGACAGGAGAGGAGACAUUGGUGCCUGGGUUAGAGAGGCUGCCCUUAUUUCUUUACAGACACUGACGGCAAAGGUAGUGGGGGUAGAUCCAAGCCUGUUGACUGAAGACGUUGUUGGGGAAAUGAUGUCCCGUGUCUGUCAGCAAGCAGUCGAGAGAAUAGACAGAACAAGAAAGGUGGCCGGAACUGCCUUUGCUGCACUCCUGUAUAGCACCCCCAAGGUCCCCCACAUUCCAAACACCGAGCAACUGGAGGCCAUCUUCCCCAAAGACGUGUGUGAUAAGAUGAACUGGGCAUCAGAGAGCAGCACCUUCGGCCUCUUCAUCCAGCUGCUGGACCUCCCAGCCUAUAGGAGUCGGGUGCUGCUGGGGGUAACUUACUCUGCUGGUGGAAUCUCAGCAAAUCUUUCUCGCUACACAAGUGAGGCCUUGCACACGUACCUGAAUGCUCGAGCCACCAAAAAGGACCAGCUGGCAUGCUUCAUGGAGACACUGCUGCAGCUCUUUGCCAGCUAUCAGAAGGUUGACCGCAUUACCCUGCCCCUCAUCAAAACCAUAGGGGACUUGCUGAGCUCUUCUGCCGUCCUGGACGUGGUGUUAGAGGAAGACAAUGCAUUCACAUCCCGCCUCAUCACACUGCUGAAGAAGGAGUGCCUUAGAUCAACUGAUUAUCACAAGAUAGCAGCCGUCAUAGCUGUCCUCUGUGAAUUAUUGAGGACUGAAGGGGCAUCUGCCAAAGCAUGCCUCACUCAGCUCUCUCUCUUCCUUGGGUAUCAGUACCCCAAAGUGCGUGCUGUGACAGCAACAAGUUUCUUGACAGCACUACAGGACUAUAGUGACAGAGACAUUGUACCAGAGGAACACCUUGAAGAGAUCACCAAUAUCCUUGAAGAUACAGAGUGGAUGGACAACAUGGAGGAGGCCAGAAAACAGCGCAACAACCUGUGUAGCCUAAUAGGGAUAGCAGCACCUCAACCCAAGAAGAAAUAGCCUUGUAUGGAUAUAUGGGGUCUAUCGGAGUGUCCCUUUAGCACUGGUCGCACUUAAAUUGUUCAUCUUCGCAUUCUUUCAGUGCAGUUUUAGGGAAGGCAGUACAGUUAGAAUUCACCUAGGUAUUAGCACACUGUGCAGGGAGUUGUCACAUGCAUGCUCAUUUGUACUUGGAGAGAUGGUACUCUGAUCAUU